ACUUACUCGUCAGACGGUGGUAGGCAUCGGUGUUGAGAAGACAAGAAUCUUCGUUUGUUUUCAAUUUGCGGAAAUUGGGCAACAAGUGUCGAACGGUGUGACUAAAAUUGUUCACUUAAUGUGAAGCAAAUUUUACAAAUAAGUGUGUGAGAAGAAAAUCCAAAAAUAAGGAUAACCCAGUGAAAAUGCUUUGGAAUGCAAUUGUUACCAUUCUUUGCCUUUUGGUUAGUUCCUCAAAAGGAUAUAUCACAAAGAAACCGGCCUUUCUAAAAACAUGCCCGAUAAUGACUGUGUCGGAAGAGGAAUUCACAAAGUGCUCAACCGAGGACAUUCAGAGGCUCUUUCAACAUUUAUACACAGGAAUAGAAGGUCUGGAAGAUGUGGUUGUUGAUCCACUAAAAAUAAAUCGGAUCAAAGUAUUACAAGGUGCCGGUCCUGUGAGUUUAAAUGCGUCCUUGUCAAAAGUUACCGUGACGGGAUUCAGACAUACAAAAGUCACUGAAAGCAAAGUCAGUCCCAAGGAUUUCAGUUGGGACACAAGCUUCUUCCUCCCAAAAGUUCGAAUCGAGGGUGUCUACAGUAUGCAGGGAAGGAUACUAAUUAUACCCCUCAAUGGUAGAGGCAAGUGUUGGCUUGAGCCUGUAAAUAUGAAUAUUUACAUGCAUACCAAGACGAGAUUAAUCGAGAGAGAUGGCUUUACAUUCUACAAUGUCACGGGGACAAGGGUUGAGUAUGACAUCAGUGGCCUCAGGCUGAGAUUCGAUAAUCUUUUCGAUGGAGUCAAAGCACUUGAGGAUAGCACGAAUGCCUAUCUGAAUGAGAAUUGGCGUCCUGUUAACGAAGGUCUCAAACCAGUUAUCGCAAAAACCGUCGAGGAUAUCCUUCUGAGGAUGAUGAAAAAGAUUUUUGACAACAUUCCCGCCAACUUCUUCGUGUCAGAUAUACCAAAACCCAGCGAACUGUACGGCAAGAGUAACUAAAGCGAGACAUUCCAACUUAUAUAUGCGUUAAUAAAAUGUGUAAAUAAGGUGCAGAGUUAUGUACAUUCCAAUGUAAUGAGUUAAGAGCCUAGUCUAGACUAUAUGUGUGAGAAAAUUUAAUUAAAAUUGAAAAAAAAAAUUAAACU